GAGAAUUUCAACAUGGCGGACGAUGAUGAACUUGAUGAAUUACUCGAUAGUGCGUUAAGUGAUUUCGAUAAACCAGCUACUCCUUCAGUUAAAAAGAUUGAUAAACAAUGCCAAAAACAAGACGAAACGUCAGGUACAAAAGACACAAAUACAGAAAGUUUGGAGGACAAAACUGCAGAACCAAGUGAAGAUGAAUUAAGUAAAAUAUUUGCCGCAAGUUUCGCUGAAGCUGCCUCUGACCUAGAGGAAGCAAUGAAAAAAAUGGGAGGAGCUCAAGAUCCUGAAUUCAUGACGCAAUUGACUCAACUUGCAGACUCAGCACAGCAAGCUGCAUCAAAAGGUAGUUUUUCCAUCUUGAUUGACGCAAUUGAUCCCACAAUACCCUGGGAACCAGAG